AAACACAUACGUUUGUUUGACAAACAUCAUUAAACUUCAGAGGAAGAAAUUUCAUCACGCUCUCUGUUGUUGUUAUGUAGGUGUGCUGCCUUUAUACGAACAGUUACAUGUUUCUAAAAAAAAAAAAAAAAAAAUACAGUUUUUGAACCAGUUCAGUAAAUACCUGUAAUAUUCUCGUCUACACAGUGGCUAAGUUUUGAAGCGAGCAGGAAUAUUUGGAGGAGUUUAUCAUCUGAACUGAGAUCUGCUGCUGUGAAGAUGGAGUUUGUGAAAGAGGAGAGAGAAGAGAACACGAGUGAACCAGAAACCUUCACAAUAAAACACGAGGAACCAGAAACCUGCACAAUAAAACACGAGGAACCAGAAACUUUGAGAAUAAAACACGAGGAACCAGAAACCUGCACAAUAAAACACGAGGAACAAGGAGAGUUCAUUGAAGAAAAAGAGGAAAAUGAAGAAUCAAGUGAAGUUGAGGAGAAAAAUUAUGUCAAAACUGGUGGAAAACCUUGGAGUUGCUCUCAAACCAAACAAAAAGAUUUAAAGAAAAAAAGAGUUGAGAUAUAUUUCACCUGCACUCAGUGUGAAAAGAGUUUCACAUGUAAAUCAAAUCUUAAGAGUCAUAUGAGAGUUCAUACUGGAGAGAAACCUUACAAGUGUUCACACUGUGACAAGAGAUUCAGUCAAUCAUCAAAUCUGAAAAAACAUGAGAGGAUCCACACUGGAGAGAAACUGUAUAAGUGUUUACACUGUGACAAGAGAUUCAAUCAGACAACAGAUCUGAAAAACCAUGAGAGGAUUCACACUGGAGAGAAACCUUACAAGUGUUCACACUGUGACAAGAGAUUCAGUGUGUCAUCAGUUCUGAAAAUACAUGAGGUGAUCCACACUGGAGAGAAACCUUACACGUGUUCACACUGUGACAAGAGAUUCAGUGUGUCAUCACAUUUGAAGACACACAACAGGAUCCACACUGGAGAGAAACCUUACAAGUGUUCACACUGUGACAAGAGAUUCGGUGUGUCAUCAAGUCUGAAAAGACAUGAGAUGAUCCACACUGGAGAGAAACCUUACACGUGUUCACACUGUGACAAGAGAUUCAGUGAUUUAUCAAGUCUGAAAAAACAUGAGAGGAUCCACACUGGAGAGAAACCUUACAUGUGUUCACACUGUGACAAGAGAUUCAGUGAUUUAUCAAGUCUGAAAAAACAUGAGAGGAUUCACAAUGGAGAGAAACCUUACAAGUGUUCACACUGUGACAAGCGAUUCAGUCAGACAAGAGAUCUGAAAACACAUGAGAGGAUUCACACUGGAGAGAAACCUUACAUGUGUUCACACUGUGACAAGAGAUUCAGUAAUUUAUCAUGUCUGAAAAAACAUGAGAGGAUUCACAAUGGAGAGAAACCUUACAAGUGUUCACACUGUGACAAGCGAUUCAGUCAGACAAGAGAUCUUAAAACACAUGAGAGGAUCCACAAUGGAGAGAAACCUUACAAGUGUUCACACUGUGACAAGAGAUUCAGUCAAUCAUCAAAUCUGAAAACACAUGAGAGGAUCCACACUGGAGAGAAACCUUACAAGUGUUCACACUGUGACAAGAGAUUCAGUCAGACAACCGAUCUGAAAAACCAUGAGAGAAUUCACACUGGAGAGAAACCUUACAAGUGUUCACAUUGUGACAAGAGAUUCAGUUGGUCAACACAUUUGAAAACACAUGAGAGGAUCCACACUGGAGAGAAACCUUACAAGUGUUCACACUGUGAUAAGAGAUUCAGUGCCUCAUCGAGUCUGAAAACACAUGAGAGGAUCCAUACUGGAGAGAAACCUUACAAGUGUUCACACUGUGACAAGAAAUUCAGUCAAACAGGAGAUCUGAAAACACAUGAGAGGAUUCACACUGGAGAGAAACCUUACAAGUGUUCACACUGUGACAAGAAAUUCAGUCAAACAGGAGAUCUGAAAACACAUGAGAGGAUACACACUGGAGAGAAACCUUACAAGUGUUCACACUGUGACAAGAGAUUCAGUGUGUCAUCGAGUCUGAAAACACAUGAGGUGAUUCACACUGGAGAGAAACCUUAUAAGUGUUCACACUGUGACAACAGAUUCAGUGUGUCAUCAAUUCUGAAAAAACAUGAGGUGAUUCACACUGGAGAGAAACCUUACAAGUGUUCACACUGUGACAAGAGAUUUAGUCACUCAGCCAAUCUGAAAACACACGAGAGGAUCCACACUGGAGAGAAACCUUACAAGUGUUCACAUUGUGACCAGAGAUUCAGUGUGUCAUCGAGUCUGAAAACACAUGAGAGGAUUCACACUGGAGAGAAACCUUAUAAGUGUUCACACUGUGACAAGAGAUUCAGUGGUUCAUCGAGUCUGAAAAGACAUGAUAGGAUACACAAUGGAGAGAAAGCACAUCACCGCAAUGACACAUAGACACUCAUUUAGCUGUAUAUGUAAAU